CGCGCGGUCAAUACGCAGGGGCGUCCCGCCGUGGGACACACGAACACUGCCACCCCUUUUUCGACCAAUUUCUUCAAUCGCGUCGCGUGAUUAGUGUUACUCGCCAUUCUUUUUCUUAUUAUAUUUAUAUUUGUGGCACUUGUGCGUGAAUCUAAAUUACCAUUACCAUCUGAUUGUUCUCUUGUUUUUAUUAAUCGAGAUUUUGUAGAGUUUUUUUCUAUAUCUCCUUAUUUGUACUAUAGUCCAAAAUUAAUGUGAGCAGAUUAAGUAUUUUCGUGAAUGAUUGGUCAGUUAUUGCACCAUAAUACUAUGUAAUUAAAUUAUUCAAUACUUUGAAUAAAUAAAUGAACAUUAAAAAUAUGAAUUUAUUCAAUUUUGGCUAGCAAUCAUUUAAAUUAUUUUAGAACAACUAAUGGACUGAAUAAAUAUUACAACGUGAAGAAUAAAUAAAAGCUAACUCAUUCGUACACUUGUGAUGGACUAAUUUAUUUUGACAAAUACUGACAAACUCUAUGUGAACUACGACAGUGAGUUAAAGUGUGAAAAUUCAACAAUAACAUGAUUCUCAAAGGUUUUGCCAACUGAAUGGUCAACAUGACAUCAAACAUCAUAGUUUUUGUUUAUUGUGCCCUGUUGACCUUUACGGAUGGACAACUCACAAAAUCUAAUGGCCUCGAUAUUGAGCUCAUGCAGAAGACUGAAACUGCUAUUCCUAUUAGCAGUGUCAAUGUUCAAGGGGUGGUCGGACAGAUCACUACUCUGCCUUGCGAUACCAAGCCACGGAAUAGUAGUGAUUUUGUUACGAUGGUGCUAUGGUUCAAAGAGUCAACGAACGAGCCUGUAUACAGUUACGACGCGCGCAAUCUACGUACCGGCAAGACGAAACUUUGGAGUGCCGCGCACAUCUGGGGCAGCAGGGCGACCUUUCGCGCCACAGUCCCUGGACAUUUACUCAUCAAAAACGUACAGGAGAACGAUGUUGGAGAAUAUAGGUGCCGGGUCGACUUUCACAACUCGCCUAGCAAGAAUUAUAAGGUCAACUUUACCGUUAUAGUUCCGCCGUUAAAGCCGAUAAUCUAUGACACCAAGAAGCGGGACAUGAGCAAGCACGUGGAGGCUUAUCCGGAAGGCGCCGAUCUCGAUCUUAUCUGUGAGGUCCAUGGUGGUAAACCGAGGCCAAGGGUGUCGUGGUAUUUGGAGUCACAAUUGAUUGCUAAUACAACGUACGAGGUGAAAGAGACACAGCAUCCGAGGACUGUUGAUGUUCUGAAUGUUGCUAUUUCGAAAGAGCCAUAUACAAUAGUUAUUAGUAGGGUGAAGAUAAAGAAUUUGAGGCGGAGUCAUUAUCAUGCCAAACUAUCAUGCAGGGCAAACAAUACACACUUGGCUGCACCGCAAACGACGACUAUUGUUAUCGAGAUAAAUUUGAAACCAUUGAUAGUAAGCAUAUUGGGGAAGGAAAAAGUAGUUUCCGCUAAUAAAAGGUAUGAGAUCGAGUGUCAGAGUACAGGAUCUAGGCCAGCCGCUAUUUUAAGUUGGUACAAAGGAUCGAAGCAGCUGAAAAAUUCCUCGAGAGAUUUUCAGAAAGAUGGAAUGAGCGUAAGUAUACUUCAAUGGAUACCCAAUGCGGAGGAUGAGGGAAAAUACCUUAUCUGUCGUGCAGAGAACCGACAUUUACCGGAAGCAGCCAUCGAGGAUAAAUGGAAGUUGAAAGUUCACUUUGCUCCAAUCGUGCUGCUACGUAUAGGCUCAACCUUUGACCUGAAAGAUAUCAAGGAAGGCGAUGAUGUUUACUUCGAGUGCAACGUUAGAGCAAAUCCCAGGAACUUUAAGCUGGCUUGGUACCACGGGACCAAAGAGCUGCGACAUAACGCUAGCGCGGGUAUAGUGCUUGCCGAUCAAUCUCUCUUCCUCCAGGGAAUCACUCGGGAAGCUUCAGGGAACUACAGCUGUCUUGCGGUCAACUCCGAAGGCCAUAAUAGAUCCAAUGUUAUUUACCUUCAUGUUAUGUUCGCGCCAAUUUGCAAACGUUUGAGCCCGAUAAAUCUGAAGGACGAUUACGAGCAGCAACAACCCUCGAACUUCCUUCUCAGCAGUGGCGAAGAGAACGGAGAAUCCGCGACAAAUUCAAGUUUCGGUCAUCGUCAUUAUCAAGUGCUCAAUCUUGCGUGCGAAGUGGAAGCAAGUCCGACGGAAGUGUCGUUUCAUUGGACGUUCAAUAAUAGCCGAGAAUUGAGCGAUGUGUCACCUUCGAGAUAUACCAGUGACAGUACUGUUAGCCAGCUGAAGCAUCAACUUAGGAGCGACGAAGAUUAUGGUACCUUUGGUUGCUGGGCUAGCAAUGUCGUUGGGCAAUCCAAGCAGGCUUGCCUCUAUCACGUUCCUACUCCUGUUAACCCGCUACCUCUACAGAACUGUACGGCGCACAAUCAAAGCGGCAGCUGGAUACGGAUAUCCUGUGUGGAAGGUUUCGAUGGUGGCUUGCCACAAAAGUUCGUCGCUGUAGCGGACGAGCGACGCUGGGAAUCGAGCACCCCCUAUUGGGAAAUCGAAAUCCAUAAACCAACCACGGUCUCUCUGUACGCGGUCAACGCAAAGGGCUCCAGCGACCCCAUUAUUAUGGAAGGCAUUGCCUUUAAAGACGUGGCCAAAUUUACGGGAGAGACGGGCAUUUCACUGGACAUAUCACCGAUCUUGAUUGGGCUUGGAGGGACGGCUACCGGAUUAGGGCUUAUCGUGACCGGAGUAUUAAUGGCGCUGUGGAGAAAACACGCCAGCUCACCGGCGUCUAAACCGAAACCACUUCAACAGCCAACCAAUGCCACAUUUGCGGUCAAGGCAGAGGAAGAGGAUGGAAAUCCUGAUCUUAUACCCACGACAGCACUGACCAAUAAUUAUACAGAUAGGAAACUUUCCAUUUAUGGCUCUCUACCGAGGAGAUCGAAUUUCGCGGAAGAUCCUCAGUUGCCUCAGAGUAUUAUACAAGAUAUGGAUUAUCCCCGAGCUGCGCCGAACACGUACUACAGCUUACAAAGACCAAGCCGAUAUACAGAAACAAUAGUCAGACAUACAACCGUCCAUGAAAGCUGUAUUUAAAACCAAGUGAACAUAUUUAAUGAUCUACACACAUGCGCCCACACAGUCAUGAACACAAUUGUGAACUGAAAAAUGAGAUAUUGGAUUGUCUACAAAAGCGAAUUUUAAACACAUACAAACUAUUUAUAGUUACUUGACUGAUCAUAUGU